AUGGCGGCUCUCAUCGGUAGCGCCAUUGGAGGCCUCUUCGGCGGUGGUGGUGGCGGAGACACCUCUUCCAACUCCGAAUCCAACUCCAACUCUGAAUCCAACUCCAGCUCGGAAGCGAACAGCUCGAAUAGCAAUACCAACAGCACUGGCGACCAACAGUUGAAGGGUGGCGAUCAGGCGUUGCAGGGUGGCGAUAUGAAAGGAGGAGAUCAGGCGCUGAAGGGGGGUGAUUUGCAGGGGGGUGAUAUGGAGGGGGGUGAUCUGCAGGGUGGUGACCAGAAUCAGGGACCCAACAACAAUGAGACGGGACCCAACACUUCGUCCAGCAGCGGUAACUCGAUGGGAAACGUUUCAGGCGGUGACGCGUCAGGAAACAGUGUGAGCGGCAUCACGGCUGAAGGAGGGGCGGGUGGUGCGGCCCAGGGUGGACGGGCGGACGCCCAAGGUGGCGAUGUCGACAACAACGUCCCCAUCGUGGCCCACCAGGACUUCAAUCCGAACAACAGCUUCGCGGGCAAUCAAACGUUCAAGUUUAUCAUCGGAUGUGGUGACGACGGGUCAUACGGCGACGACGGUCAUUCUCACGAUCACGGUCGUAGUGGCGCUACGGGAAGGGAGGCCAUGCAAUUUGAUGGUCCAGGCAUGGGAGGCCAUGGUAUGGGAGGCCAAGGUAUGGAUGGCUACCCCAACGACGGCUCAGGCAUGGAUGGCUGGGGCAAUGAAGACCACGACAUGGGAGGCCAUGGUAUGGAUGGCUACCCCGACGACGGCUCAGGCAUGGAUGGCUGGGGCAAUGAGGACCACGGCAUGGAUGGCUAUGACCAAGACGGCCCAGGCAUGGGGGGUGGUCCAGGCAUGGGAGGUGGUCCGGGCAUGGGAAGUCGAAUUGCUGGAAGCCGGAUCAUGCCAGAAGAAUACUAUGAUGAAGAAGACGGCUCCUACGACCAUGGCGCGGGCGGCUACGAUGGUGAUGGCAUGGGAAUGAGAGACGAUCAGUAUGACGAGGAGCAACAACACGGCUACCCAGACGAUCAAUUUGGGGGUGGCUAUCCUCCAGAGGCGGGCGGCGGGUUCAGCCGGGCCCAGAUGGCCUAUUGA